AUGUCUGGUGGAAUCUUCUCUCCUCUGGAAAAUCUACAUGUCCUAGAUAAAGGCAUUUGUCACCCACUGGCUUGUUUUUUGUGCCAUGAACAAUACGAGCAUCCUUGCUUGUUGGACUGUUACCAUAACUUCUGUGCAAGCUGCUUGCGAGGCCGGGCUAUUGACAGUCGUCUCACCUGUCCUCUUUGUGGACACCAGUCAAUAGUGAAGGGAAAUAAUGGCCUUCCGCCAGUGGAUCGACUGCUUAAGUUCUUGGUGGACAACUCUGCUGACUCUGAAGAGGUGGUCCAGUGCUCCAACUGUGACCUUGAAAGCAAGAAACAGGAUGGCGAUAUAAUGUAUUACUGUAAUACCUGCAAUCAACCCCUGUGCAUCAAGUGCAGAGAUGAGACACAUAAAGCAAAGAUGUUCUUUUCCCAUGAAAUUGUGUCUCUUACUAAGCGUGCAAAGGAUAUACAUAAAAAGUGCUCUCUUCAUGAAGAAUCUUACAUUAUGUUUUCUACGGAGAAAAAAUCAAUGCUUUGUAUAAACUGUUUUCGAGACAUGCAAGUAGAAAGCCGUGCCCACUGCAUUGAUAUUGAAACUGCAUAUAUGCAAGGAUGUGAGAAGCUAGACCAAGCAGUUAUGGCAGUUAAGGAACUACAGACAUCAACCAGAGAAGCAAUCGUGCUCCUUAAAGCAAUGAUUGAAGAGGUACGGAACAGUGCAGAUGAAGAGGAGACUGCAAUCAACAGUCUGUUCAGCAGCAUGCAGGAAAAACUUGCCGAACGCAAAAAGACCCUUUUGAAAGCUGUGCAGUGUCAAUAUGAAGAAAAGGAAAAAGCUUUUAAGGACCAGCUUUCUCAUUUAGCAUCCCUUCUGCCCACAUUACAAGUGCAUCUAGUAACUUGUUCAGCUUUUCUGAGUUCUGCUAACAAAGCCGAAUUUCUUGACUUAGGAUAUCAACUCAUGGAGAGACUGCAAAAAAUUGUAAAACUUCCUCAUCGCUUGCGGCCGUCUCAGAGCAGCAAGAUCAAUACCGACUAUGCAGCAGAGUUUGCUCGGUGCCUAGAGCCAUUGUUACUGGUAAACCUACGUAGACCUGGCAGUAUGAGCAGUAGCUGUGGUGUUCCAGGACAUAACAAUGUCACUAUGAUUUCAAGUGGACAGUCUUCCAGAACCUUGAUAAUGCCUGGAUGUUCUACUUCCUGUGACAAAAUGUCUAUUACAGGAUCCAUUGUUCGUAAGCCCACAAUGCAUCGGUAUAUAAGCACCAAGGUCUUACUAGCUGAAGGAGAAGAUAACCCAUUUACUAAACAUUGCCGCAGUUAUGAAGAUAUGUAUAAGACUAUACAAAUGGAAAUCCAGAAUCUGAAGGACCAGGUUCAGGAACUGCACAGAGAUCUUACUAAGCACCAUUCCCUUAUCAAGACGGACACAAUGAGUGACAUCAUACAGAAAUCGCACCAAGUGGAUGUACAGAUAGCCUCUGAGUAUUCAUCAGUAGAGAUGAUGAGAGCAGCAUUUGAAGAGAUUUGGGAGGAAACAUAUCAGAGAGUGGCAAAUGAGCAGGAAAUUUAUGAAGCACAAUUACAUGACUUGCAACAGUUGAAACAGGAGAACAGCUACCUGACUACCAUUGCAAAGCAGAUUGCGCCUUAUGUACGUUCCAUUGCUAAAGUCAAAGAACGCUUGGAGCCCAGAUUGAAAGAACCAAGAGAAUUAAAGGAGGAUAUAUCUGAGAAGACAUGUGAGGACACCUCCCUGAUAAGUGAGAUGUACAAUAGGAGCGAUUUGACAAAGUAUUUAGAAGACAACCAUGAUAAAUCACUAGAAAUAAAGGUUGAUAACCGAACUCUUAACCUUCAUGCUGAAGAUCAUUUGACGAAAAGCAAUGAAUACUACAGACUAAAGCAAAAUGUUCCAGCUCGGAAACAGUUAACCACAUCAUGAUUUACAGCAUAUAAGAAUUUUCUUUAACAUAUGAACUCCCCUUAGUAAAUACAAAGUCACCAAUAUGAAUUCUAGCAGCUAAUCUCAUCUUCCUGAAGCAGGUACAUUUUUAAAGGAAUAGAACAGUGGGUCAUUGUAUUAAAUUUCUUUUAAACUUAA